CGCGUCCGCGGCCGCGACGACCGCGGCGCGUCGCCGCCGCUGCGGCGCGAGGCGUCGCCGGCGCGGCGCGAGCGGUCGCCGGCGCGGAGGGAGCGCAGCCGCAGCAUGGACCGCGACGAGCCACGCGGCGGCCGCGGGCGCUCGCGUGACCGCUCGCCGCUGCCGUGA